GACUGGCACCAACGAGUCGGUGGCGGGAAAGGCUGCGCCGGUCUCCUGAGGCCUGCUGGCUCCGCCGGGAUCCUGCGGACCCGCGGGGAGCGGACCUCUGUCUCCCCUGUCUUCAUCUACCUUACCUCUCUAUUGGCUGGCCCACUGUUGUGUGGACUUGUACAUGAUGAAUUGUGAACUUCUAGCUACAUGUGGUGCCCUUGGGUACUUGGAGGGAGACACUUACCACAAGGAACCAGAUUGCUUGGAGAGCGUGAAGGAUUUAAUUCGCUACUUGAGGCAUGAGGAUGAGACGCGAGAUGUGCGGCAGCAGCUGGGGGCAGCCCAGAUCCUGCAGAGUGACCUCCUACCCAUCCUUACCCAACACCGCCAGGACAAGCCUCUCUUUGAUGCUGUUAUCAGGCUGAUGGUGAACUUGACACAGCCAGCCUUGCUCUGUUUCGGCAGUGUACCCAAGGAGCCCAGCUUCCGGCACCAUUUUCUGCAGGUGCUAACUUAUCUGCAGGCCUACAAAGAGACCUUUGCCAGUGAGAAGGCUUUUGGGGUCCUCAGUGAAACCUUGUAUGAACUGCUUCAGCUGGGCUGGGAGGAACGGCAGGAAGAAGACAACUUGCUGAUUGAGCGGAUCUUGCUGCUGGUUAGAAACAUUCUCCAUGUCCCAGCUGACCCUGAUCAGGAGAAGAGUAUCGAUGAUGAUGCCAGUGUUCAUGACCAACUUCUCUGGGCAAUUCACCUCAGUGGCCUGGACGACCUGCUCCUCUUCCUGGCCAGCUCGUCUGCUGAGCAGCAAUGGAGCCUGCAUGUACUAGAGAUCAUCUCCCUUAUGUUCCGUGACCAGAACCCUGAGCAGCUGGCAGGAGUAGGGCAGGGACACUUAGCUCAGGAGCGGAGCACAGAUGUGGCAGAACUGGAGGUGUUGCGGCAGCGAGAGAUGGCAGAAAAGAAGACUCGAGCCCUUCAGCGAGGCAACAGGCAUUCUCGAUUUGGGGGCUCCUACAUUGUCCAGGGGCUGAAAUCCAUUGGGGAGAGGGACGUCAUCUUUCACAAGGGUCUUCACAAUCUCCAAAAUUACAGUUCAGAUAUGGGAAAACAGCGGCGAAGGGUGCCUAAACGUCGCCAAGCUGCCCAGGAGCUGUCCACUCAACGCCGCUCUGCCCUCAAUGUGCGACUCUUCCUCAGAGACUUCUGCUCAGAAUUCCUAGAGAACUGUUAUAACCGGCUCAUGGGCUCCGUGAAGGAUCACCUGCUUCGAGAGAAAGCUCAGCAGCAUGAUGAGACCUACUACAUGUGGGCCUUGGCUUUCUUCAUGGCCUUCAACCGAGCUGCCACCUUCCGGCCAGGCCUGGUUUCUGAGACCCUUAGUGUCCGGACCUUCCACUUUGUUGAGCAGAACCUCACCAACUACUAUGAAAUGAUGCUGACUGACCGCAAGGAAGCCGUCUCCUGGGCACGCCGGAUGCACCUGGCUCUGAAGGCCUACCAGGAGUUGCUAGCCACAGUGAAUGAGAUGGAUACGUCCUCGGAUGAGGCUGUGAGGGAGAGCAGCCGCAUCAUCAAGAACAACAUUUUCUAUGUGAUGGAAUACCGAGAACUAUUCCUGGCACUCUUCCGAAAGUUUGAUGAGAGAUGCCAGCCCCGCUCCUUCCUUCGUGACCUGGUGGAAACAACCCACCUCUUCCUCAAGAUGUUGGAGCGAUUUUGUCGGAGCCGCGGGAACUUGGUGGUGCAGAAUAAACGAAAGAAGAGAAAGAAGAAGAAGAAGGCCCUAGACCAGCCUUCUGCUUCUAAUAAUAUCCCAUGUAGCCUAGAGGAACUGGAGGCCACGUGGCCAGCCUUGGCUGAGCAGCUGCUGUGCUAUGGCCAGGCUCCUCAGCUCAGUUUGGACUCCGUGGUUCCCUUUGAUGCGGCCUCAGAGGUGCCAGUGGAAGAGCAGCGGGCAGAAGCCAUGGUGCGGAUUCAAGACUGUCUCCUGGCUGGCCAGGCCCCACAGGCCCUGAGCCUUCUCAGGUCUGCCCGAGAGGUGUGGCCAGAAGGGGAUGUAUUUGGCUGUCAAGAUAUUUCCCCAGAGGAAGAGAUCCAGCUGCUGAAACAGAUCCUCUCUGCUCCACUUCCCCGGCAGCAGGGACCAGAGGAACAAGGGGCAGAGGAGGAAGAUGAAGAAGAAGAGGAAGAGGAGGAGUUGCAAGUAGUCCAGGUGUCAGAAAAAGAAUUUAAUUUUCUGGACUAUCUGAGACGCUUUGCGUGCUCAACCGUAGUCCGAGCCUACGUGCUGCUGAUGCGGAGCUACAAGCAGAAUAGUGCCCACACUAACCAUUGUGUUGUCAAGAUGCUGCAUCGGCUGGCCCAUGACCUCAAAAUGGAAGCCCUGCUUUUCCAGCUGUCACUCUUCUGCCUCUUCAAUCGUCUGCUUAGUGACCCUGCCGCUGGGGCCUACAAAGAGCUAGUGACGUUUGCCAGGUACAUUUUGGCCAAGUUCUUUGCAUUGACUGCAGUCAACCAAAAAGCCUUCGUUGAGCUGCUGUUCUGGAAGAACACAGCUGUGGUUCGAGAGAUGACUGAGGGCUAUGGGUCCCUGGAUGGCGGGUCUUCUAGUCGCAGGCCCCCUAUGUGGAGCCCAGAGGAGGAGGCCCAGCUUCGGGAACUAUACCUCGCCCAUAAGGAUGUGGAAGGUCAAGAUGUGGUAGACGCCAUCCUGGCACACCUGCCUACUGCUCCUCGAACACGCAAGCAGAUCAUCCAUCAACUGGUACGGCUGGGACUGGCUGACAGUGUCAAGGACUUCCAAAGGAAAGGAACUCAUAUUGUAUUAUGGACAGAAGAUCAGGAGCUGGAGCUGCAACGGCUUUUUGAGGAGUUCCAGGACUCAGAUGAUGUCCUGGGUCAUAUCAUGAAGAACAUCACAGCCAAACGCUCCCGGGCCCGAAUAGUGGAUAAGCUGAUGGCCCUGGGGCUGGUGACUGAGCGGCGGGAGCUGUACAAGAAACGCCGGAAGAAGUUGGCACCCUCCAGCUCGCCCAAUGGAGAGGAGUCUCUGAAAAAUUUUUGCAAGGAAGAUACUGAAGAAGAUAACCUGUCAGAGGAAAAGAGUGAAGAAGAGGAAGAAGAGGACCUGGGAGCAGAUCAAGCCCAGGGUAGCUCAGUCCUCCCAACUGAAGACCUUGGGCAAAACCUGCAUCAGGAAGGCUUUUCUGCUCCCCUCCUAUGGCUCCAGAACUGCCUGAUUCGAGUAGCAGACGAUCGGGAAGAGGAUGGCUGCUCCCAGUCAGUUCCAUUGGUGCCAUUGACAGAAGAAAAUGAGGAAGCAAUGGAAAAUGAACAAUUUCAGCAGCUGUUAAGCAAGCUAGGGGUUCAGCCCCCUGCCUCUGGGCAGGAAACCUUCUGGCGAAUUCCAGCCAAGCUAAGUCCCACUCAUCUCCGGAGACUAGCAGCUUCUUUGAGUCAACGAAAGGAAGAGGAAAAGCUGCAACCAGAGCUAGAACUUGAAAUCCAUGGAGAACAAGGGCCUGGUGAGGAACACCGAGCACAAGCCCUGAGGGCCCUCCUGUUAGCCCGGAAAAAGAAAGCAGGCCUGGCGUCCCCAGAGGGUAACAGCAGGACUGCUUCUCUAUUAAAGGAAGGGGCUACUGAUGGGAAAGAGCAGCUGAAGGCAGCACCCAAGAAGCGACAACUGCUGGACAGUGAUGAGGAACAGGAGGAAGAUGAGGGCAGGAGCAAAGCACCAGAGGUGGGAGCUCCAGGAAUCCAAAAGAAGAAACGGUUUCACAUUGAGGAUGAAGAUGAAACUGACUGAAGAGCGAGAGCCUAGGGGUGGAGACAGGCUCGUUUACAGAUGAUGAAUUUAAGUCAGAGUUGGGAGGGUCAUACAGGAGCCAAGAACUCUCUUAUUGGACCAAAGCAAUAGAUUUAGGGCCCAGGAAUUUCAUGCAACAGUGUUGGAUUUCUCUGCACCCAUUUUUUAUUUCUUUCAGUUUUAUCAGUAUGCCCUGGAGACUUACUCCUUUUAUCUCUAUGCCAGUAAUUACUAGAGCCCCUUAUCUAAUGAGUGAGCGAAUGAAUAUAGAGGGCACUCUGGACUGCCUUAUUGGUGUGUGCCUUUUGGGUUUCUGCUGGAGGUGGGUCACAGCACCGGAUGGGAACUUUAUGACAUCAUGAUAGGUGAGGAUUUUACAUCAUUUUUAAGAGACCAGAUGCCCGCACGCUGAUUUUCUUUCUUGUGAUCACACCAUAGACCCCUGAUUUAGGCCAGCCCCGAAAGUUGAUGUAGGGUUGGAAUGUGCUAAUCUCCAGCUGAUGAAUGUGUUGUUUGUGGUUGGCAUUGAAUUAAACAAGUAAAAUUAAAAAUAGCUAACCUUGGUCUGUCUUGGCAAUCUGUCCAAGUCCCCCAGCCCUCCACCUGCUGUGCUCUUGGAAGAAGAACUGUACUUAGAGUUAAAAGAAAUCAUCUGCCCUUCCUUUUUUCUGCUUUCUUUUUCCGCCUUAUAGAAUACACAAAAACUCACCUUAGGAUCCUUUGUCUAGGAUAAAUCUUUAGAGUAACCAUAGUAUGCAACAGGAAGAAUCCACUGGUAACCACUAAUAAACCUCUGUCUGUAUGCGUUGGCCUAUUCUGGGUAUUUCAUAUAAGUGGGAUUGUAAUAAUAUUUGUCCUUUGUGUGUCUGGCUUAUUUCAUUCAGCAUAAUGUUUUCAAGCUUCAUCCAUGUCAUAGCAUAUAUCAGAACUUCAUUUCUCUUUAUGGCUGAAUAAUAAUCCAUUUUAUGUAUAUACCACAUUUUGUUCAUUCAUCUCUUGAGGGACACUUGGGUUGUUUUCACCUUUUGGCUAUUAUGAAUAAUGCUACAGUGAACACUGAGGUACAAGUAUCUGUUUGAGUCCCAGCUUCCUAGUUUUUUUGAUAUAUACCUAGAAGUGGAAUUACCAAAUUCUAUGCUUAACUUUUUUUUUCUUUCCUAUGUAAAAUGUUUCUUAUGACACUUUUGUAUGUUAACUUCCUUAGUUGAAUUUUCCUGACAUAAGCCCAAACCAAGCCCACUGCCACUGAGUUGAUUCCAACUCAUGAGCGACCCUAUAUGCCAGAGUAGAACUACCCCACGGGGUUUCCAAGGCUAUAAUCUUUAUGGAAGCAGACUGCCACAUCUUUCCGCUAUGGAGCGGCUGGUGAGUUCACAUAAAUCUCCAUGCUUUCAGUUAGCAGCUGAGUGCUUAACCACCGUACCACCAGUGGUUAACUUUCUGAGGAACCACCCAACUGUUUUUCCAUAGCAGCUGUGCAAUUUUACAUCCCACCAGCAGUAUAUGAGGGUUCCAUUUUCUCCACAUCCUCACCAGCACUUGUUAUUUGGUAUAUGAUGUUAGCUGUGGGUUUUUCAUAGAUGCCAUUUAUUAUGUUGAGGAAGCUCUAUUCCUGGUUUUGUUUUGUUUUUAUCGUGAAAGGGUGUUGGAUUUUGUCAGAUGCUUUUUUUGUAUUGAUUGAGAUGAUCGUGUAGUUUGUUUGUUAACAUGACGUAUUACAUUGGUUGAUUUUCAUUUGUUGAACCACCUUGCGUUCCUGGGAUAAAUCCACUUGGUCAUGGUGUACAGUCCUUUUAAUAUGCUCCUGGAUUCCUUCGGCUCUUACUGUAUUGGGGAUUUUUGUGUCUAUUUUCAGAGGGGAUAUUGAUCUGUACUUUUCUUUGGCAUCUUCAGUUUUGGAAUCGGUGUAAUGCUGGUUUCAUAGAGUGAGUUAGAAAGUGUUCCCUCUUUUUUUUUUUUUUUUGAAAGAGUUUGAAAAGGAAUGGUGUUAUUCUUCUUUAAAUAUCUGCUAGAAUUCAUCAGUGAAGCCAUUUUUUCCUGUGCUUUUCUUGGUUGGAAAUUUUCGACUAUUUGAUUCAGUCUUUUUAUUUGUUGCAGUUCUAUUCAUAUUUCAUGUUUCUUUUUGAGUCAGUUUGGACAAUAUGUAUCUUUCUAGAAAUUUCUCCAUCUCAUCUAGAUUACCUGAUUUGUUGCAGUACAAUUAUUUAUUCUCUUAUAAUCCUUUGUAUUUCUGUAAGGUCGAUUUUAGUAAUUUGAGCCUUCUCUUUUUUUCUAGUUAAAGGUUUGUCAAUUUUGUUGAUCUUUUCAAAGAACCAAUUUCUAGUUUCAUUGAUUCUCUUAAUUGUUUUUCUAUUCCCUGUCUUUAAUAUUUAUUGUUCUCUUCUUUCUACUUGAUUUGGGUUUAGUUUGCUCUUCUUUUUCUAGUUCCUUAAGGUGGAAGGUUCCAUGUGUAUUUGAGAAGAAUAUGUAUUCUUCUAUUGUUGAAUGGAGUGUUCUGUAUAUGUCUGUUAGGUCUUGUUGCUUUAUAGUGUUCUUGGAGUCUUCUAUUUCCCUGUUGAUUUUCUGUCUAGUUGUUCUGUCCAUUACUCAAAGUGGGAUAUUGAAGUCUUCAACUAUUUCUCCAUUCCAUUCUGUCAGUUUUUGCUUCAUAUAUUUUGGUGCUCUGUUGGAAGGUGUAUGUAUGUUUAUAAUUGUUAUAUUUUGAUGGAUUGGCCCUUUUAUCAUUAUAUAAUGUCCUUCUUUGUCUCCUGUAACCUUUUUUGUCUUAAAGUCUGUUUUGCCUGAUACUAAUAUAGGCACUCCAGCUCUCUUUUGCUUACUGUUUGCAUAGACUAUCUUUUUUCAUCCUUUCACUUUUAACCUAUUUGUGUCUUUGAAUCUAAAGUGACUCUCUUAUAGACAACAUAUAGCUGGAUCAGAGAUUUCCUUGAACACCUGGAACCAAAAACAAAACAGAAACUCCCAGUCUUUGCAGAUAAGUUUGUGUAUAUGUUGAGGCACACCUUCGACACUCAGUCAGGCAGUUUACAAUUCUACCUUAGCCUUCACUUCCUGCUUGCACAGAGCCUGAAGAUCAGCAAGAGGUGAGAGCUAGGGCCUCCUCAGUUAUUUUCUGAGCCUGAGCUCAGCCCUGGCACGCAUGUGACCUAGAUUCCCAGGAAUAUGUGGGAGCUUUUCAAAUCCUUUAUUCCUCAAAGCAUCUUGUUCCCCAACCUUUUCUUCUAGACUUUUUGGUUAAUUAUUUUUUGCCCCAAUUGUCAUCCCUUGCCCCAGGUCACUAAUACAUUUGCCUUUAAAUGUUUUCAGUAAAUGCUCCCUACCCCAGCUGCUUAGGCAAAAUAAAGGCAAGUCCUUUUAGCCGGUCCUUCAGGGAACCACCAGACAGUUCAAAACAGCCAACCUCAAUUCUUUCAUAAUAGAGUCUAUCUGCCCCCUCCACUACUAGAUACAAACCAUGCAUAACAGGCUGCUGUCUUCAGGGCCACCACCAGGCUGGGAAGCAGAGAGAAUGGUACCAGGGUAAUUACAAAACUCUUACCAAGAUUUAUCUCUUUCUUGAUUAAGUGUUCCCCUGGUUUCUAUAAGCUUUUGAUUAGAUUCUGAGAUUCAAAAAGCUGAUGUAGACUUUUUUGCCAGUUUAUCAAUUACUUUUGUGGCGGGAUGGACUUUGACGUUCCCUACUCUGUCAUGUUCACUGAUAAUCUGUUUUGAUUUUUACUUUUAUCUUACCUCUUUUACUGCUUUCUGCGACUUCAGGUUUAAUUUGUUCUUUUCCUUUUUUGUUUUGCUUCUAAAUCUGAAAGCUUAUGUCAGGGUUGGCAAGCUUUUUAUGUAAAGGGCUAGAUAAUAAAUAUUUUAGGUUUUGUGGCCUGUCUUAGUCAUGUAGUGCUGCUAUAACAGAAAUACCACAAGUGGAUGGCUUAAAAAGAGAAGUUUACUUCCUCACAGUAAAGCAGUCUAUAAGUCCAAUUUCAGGGCAUUAACUCCAGGGGAAGGCUUUCUCUCUCUGUUGGCCUUCUCAUCAGCCUUCCCCCAGACUAGGAGCUUCUUCAUGCAGGGAUCCCAGGUCCGAAGGAUGCGCCCUGCUCCCAGCACUGCUUUCUUGGUGGUAUGAAGUCCCCAACUCUCUGCUUGCUUCCCUUCCCUUUUACCUCUUGUAACGUAAGAGGUGGUGCAGGUCCACCCUAGGAAAACUCCCUUUACGUUGGAUCAGGGAUGUGACCUUAGUAAGGGUAUUAGAGUCCCACCCUAACCCUCUUUGAGAUAAAAUUACAGUCACAAAAUGGAGGACAACCACACAAUACUGGAAAUCAUGGCCCAGCCAAAUUGAUAACACACACUUUUGCGGGGACAGGAAAAAAAAAAUUUUUUUUUUUUUUUAAAUUGAAUUCAUGAUGCAGCCCAAGAGGAAAAAUUGAGGAUAUUAUGUAGGCAGAGGCCUAUCUGGGCGGGGAGUGGGUGCCCUGUGUGCUGCUUGAGGUGAGGCACCAAUGAACAAUUUCUACCGACCAUCACAGUUUCCAUCACCAGUUGUGAGAGAUCAUUCAGCAAUUUAACACUAGUUGCCCCAGGUGCUACUUUAUGUAGAUAGGCCCCUGUAGGUAGGUACUUACAUACCGAGAAAAUAAGUUUCCACAGAUUUAUUAUUAGAUAUCAAAAUAUAACAAUAAUUGCAUACAAUUUUUUGUAAUGCAUGUCUACUAAUGUGAGAGAGUGGAAUUCUUUUCCUCUAGGGUAUGAAGUUAGUAUUCCCUAUCAAUGAAGUUUAUAGCAAAUACCUGUUAAUGCUGAUCUGUAAGGAGAUUUUAUAAUUUCAUCUUUGAGAAUAUCUUUUCAUACAGAUAGUUAUCUGCCAAAUCCCAAUACCAGUCCACUUAUGUAUGAUUUUAAUUGAGCACAGUCAUCACUUGGAAGGCAUUUGUAAAAUACUAUUAGGAUCUUGUCUUAAUACUUUGACAUGUCAAUCAAUACGUUACAGAUUGAUCACUUCCAUCUGAAGAUAGGGAAGCCUCAAUUAGAUUUUGAAAUAGGGAAAUUUCCUUUGCACUUGCAUCGAGGUCUAAAAAAUGUUCAUAGAACUGUAAUCUGAGCUCAGAAACAUGUUGAUGUUGCUGUUAAGUGCUGUCAAGUGGAUCCCGACUCGUAGCGAGCCUGUGCACAACGGAACGAAACACUGCCUGGUCCUGCGCCAUCCUCACAAUUGUUGCUGUGCUUGUACCUAUUGUUGCAGCCACUGUGUCAAUCCGUCUCGUUGAAGGUCUUCCUCUUUUUUGCUGACCCUCUACCAAGAAUGAUGUCCUUCUCCAGGGACUGAUCCCUCCUGAUAACAUGUCCAGAGUAUGUGAGACAUAGUCUCACCAUCCUUGCUUCUAAGGAGCAUUCUGGCUGUACUUCCUCCAAGACAGAUUUGUUCAUUCUUUUGGCAGUCCGUGGUACAGUCAGUAUUCUUUGCCAACACCACAAUUCAAAGGAGUCAGUUCUUCAGUCUUCUUUAUUCAUUGUCCAGCUUUCACAUGCAUAUGAGGCGAUUGAGAAUACCAUGGCUUGGGUCAGGUGCACCUUUAUGCUCAAGGUGACGUCUUUGCUUUUCAACACUUUAAAGAGGCCUUUUGCAGCCGAUUUGUUCAUAGCAAUGCGUCUUUUGAUUUCUUGACUGCUGCUUCCAUGGGUGUUGAUUGUGGAUCCAAGUAAAAUGAAAUCCUUGACAACUUCAAUCUUUUCUCCGUUUAUCAUGAUGUUUCUUAUCGGUCCAGUUGUGAGGAUUUUUGUUUUCUUUAUGUUCAAGUGUAAUCCAUACUGACGGCUGUGGUCUUUGAUCUUCAUCAGUAAGUGCUUCAAGUCCUUGUCACUUUCAGCAAGCAAUGUUAUGUCAUCUGUAUGAUGCAGGCUGUUAAUGAGUCUUCCUCCAAUCCUAAUGCCCCAUUCUUCAUAUAGUCCAGCUCCACUGCAAAUUUGUAUGGGAAUGGAGAUCUUGCUUCUUGUUUUAACUUCUGACAGCACAGGAAGUGUUUAAAAUAGCUUAAAAUUACUUGUGAUUCAAACAAAAUUACUUUUUGAAAUGACUUACACAGUGUAAGCUUUCGAUAUAAGCCGUGUUUUGCCUUGUAAUUUUUAGGUUGAAUUCAUGAAGAAACUUCAUCAAGUCUGCAGCAGAAGCUAAUUUACAAAGCCAAGCAGUGUUCAGUAAUGAUGGUUGAGGGCAGUUCUUUUAAAAAAAAAAAUUCACUCUUGACCUCGAGCUCAAAAAACUGCAAUCAAACUUUAUCAAUGCUAAGUCAUUGGACUGCUGUGGUAGUGCAAGUCAGAAUAUCCAGCUUUUAUUUUUUUGCUUUUUUAAGUAACAACUUUAUUAAGAUAAAAUUUACAUACCAUACAAUUCACACAUUUAAAGUAGUUUUUAUUAUAUUCACAUAGUCGUACAACCAUCACCCUCAUCAAUUUUAGAACAUUUUCAUCACCCCAAAGAACGCCCAUACCUAUUAGUCAAUCUCCAUUCCACCCUCCCCCAACUCCUGCAGCCGGAGAUAAUCACUAAUCUACUUUCUGUCUCUGUGGAUUUGUGUACCAUGUACAAUACAUGGUAACCCUGGUGGCCUAGUGGUUAAGAGCUACAGCUGCCAAUUAAAAGGUCGGCAGCUGAAGUCCACCAAGAGCUCCUUGGAAACCAUAUGGGGCAGUUCUACUCUGUCCUGUAGGGUCACUAUGAGUCGGAAUCGACACAACGGCAAUGGGUGGUUUUGGGUUUUAUACAAUAUGUGGCUUUUGUGACUAGCGUCUUUCACUUAGCAUAACGUUUUCAAGGUUCAUCUAUGUUGUGCAUGUAUCGGUAUUUUACUGUUUUUAUUGCUGAGUAAUAUUCCACUAUAUGGGUAUAUUACAAUUGCUUAUCCGUUUAUCAGUUGACGGACAUGGGUUCAUGAAUAAGGCUGCUAUAAACAUUCGUGUACAAGUUUUUGUGUGGACAUAUGUUUUCAUUUCUCUUCCAACUAGGAGUGGAAUUUCUGGGCCAUGUGGUAACUCUAUGGUUAGCUUUUUUUUUUUAAUUUUUACUGUGCUUUAAGUGAAAGUUUACAAAUCAAGUCAGUCUCUCAUACAAAAAUUUAUAUACACCUUGCUUAUAUACUCCUAGUUGCUCUCCACCUAAUGAGACGGCACAGUCCUUCUUUCUACUCUCUAUUUUCGUGUUCAUUUGGCCAGCUUCUGACACCUUCUGCCCUCUCAUCUCCCAUCCAGACAGGAGCUGCCCAUAUAGUCUCAUGUGUCUACUUGAUCCAAGAAGCCCAUUCUUCACCAGUAUCAUUUUCUAUAAAAAAAAAAAAAAAAAAUACCGUAGUCCAGUCCAAUCCCUGUCUGAAGAGUUGGCUUUGGGAAUGGUUCCUGUCUUGGGCUAACAGAAGGUCUGGGGACCAUGACCUCCGGGGUCCUUCUAGUCUCAGUCAGACCAUUAAGUGUGGUCUUUUUAUGAGACGUUGAGGUCUGCAUCCCACUGCUCUCCUGUUCCUUCAGGGGUUCUCUGUUAUGUUCCCUAUCUGGGCAGUCCAGCUUUUAUUUUUGACAAAAUUCAUGGAACUGACAGUGGAUAAGUCCAUGAGGGCAAAUGAAAUUCACUGCUAACACUACUGGUUUAAUAACACCUGAUAGCUUCAAACAUUUUUUGCGAAGUAUCUGCUUGUGAAUAAUACAAUGAAUGGAUACAGGUAGAAUGAGGACGCAAUGUGUGUAACCAAUGUCAUUGAACUAUACAUGUAGAAAUUGUGAAUGGAUGUAUGUUUAGUUGUGUAUAUUGCCAUAAAAAAUAAAUAAAAAUAAUAAUGAAUAACCAUAGGCUUUAAAUAGCUUCCACAAACUUAGUAAAUUUGUCCAACUAACCUGUAUUCUGCUCCAUACAUAGAUUUCCCAUCAUCUGUUGUAAUACGUGUUAAUAUAUUCUACUUCAUGUUGUACUGAAUUAGUGUUUAUUCAACUUCUGUGAAAAUAUUCUCACCUGUAGUUGUUCCACCCAAACUGUUCGUAGAGGGCUAAGUCUUCAGUCACUUCAUACUUGCCAUUGACUCCUUGAAUAAACAACUGAGCAGUGCUGAUAGCAUGUGUCCACUCAUCAAGAGACAAGUCAUUCAAAAUUAUUUGGCUUGUUUUUUAAUUGACUACUGAUGUUGCUUGUAAUCAACUUUUCGGACAGCUCUUCUCACCAAAAGGCUAAUAAUUUUAAACAAGGUCAUUUUCUCUGGACACAUUGCUUUGAAUACUACAAUCAAAUACAAUCUAAUUAACUCAUUAUUGGUAAACAGUUUUCCUUGCUUGGUUAACAAAUGAGCCACUUGGAAACUUUUCUUCAUGUGCAGCCUCAUUUCAUAGUUUACUUUUGUGAAGAAAUUCUGCUAUAAUGAGAUACUCAUUUUUUAAAUUUAUUAUUGCACUGUUGGCUGCUUUCUUGUGAGUUGAGAAUAUUAUGAGGAGUGCCUAGUCUGGAAAUGACAGCAUAAUGCAUACUUUUAGCGCAGUGUCAUGUAUUGAAUUGUAUCCCCCAAAAGUAUGUGUAUCAAUUUGGCUAGGUCAUUAUUCCCAAUAUUAUGUGAUUGUCCACCAUUUUGUCAUCUGAUCUGGUUUUUCUGUGUUUUGUAAAUCCUAAUCUCUGCCUGUGGUUAAUGAGGCAAGAUUAGAUUAUGUUAAGAGGGUUAGGGUGGGGUUAUAACACCCUUACUCAGGUCACAUACCUGAUCCAAUGUAAAGGGAGUUUCCCUGGGAUGUGACCUGCACCACCUUUUAUCUUACAAGAGAUAAAAGGAAAGGGAAGUGAGCAGAGAGUUGGGGAUCUCAUACCACCAAGAAAGCAGCACUGGGAGCAGAGCAUGUCCUUUGGAGCCAGGGUGCCUGCAUGGAGAACCUCAUAGAUCAAGGAAGAUUGAUGACAAGGACCUUCCUGCAGAGCUAAUAGAAGAAGCCUUUCCCUAGAACUGGCGCCCUGAAUUUAGACUUCUAGCCUACUAGACUGGGACAGAAUAAACUUCCCUUUGUUAAAGCCA